GAAAAACAACUUCCCUGUCUUCCCAGGACAUGGCUGGACUGAGUGCAGCUGGAGCUUACAUGGAGCACACAGAGUGUGCUCCACCAAGAAGAAAGGACUUGACAAAUUCCCUUGAACAAAAGAUAAAGCACUUGGAAAAACAGAGACAAGAGCUCCUGGAUGUCAAUCAACAGUGGGACCAACAAUUCCGAAAUAUGAAAGAGUUAUAUGAAAGAAAAGUCCUGGAACUGAAAACUAAACUGGCGGCCACAGAAAAUACUCACAACCUAGAGAAAGAACAGAAGCAAAGUGUGACAGAGGGCGACAGGCAGCUCGAGAAGGAAAAGGACAUCUUAAGGAAAGAAUUACAAGCACUGAAGAAGGAGAAUAAGCUGUUGAAGGAAAACAAUGCUCUGGCCAAUAGGAAGAAAGAAUAUUAUGCAUGUGAAAUUAAACGCCUCAAUAAGGUUCUUCAAGAUGCCUUGACAAUUGGGAGCUCUUCAUUUUCUGAGGACUCAGGGAAGUGUAAAGGCAGGUGCAGCCAUGCAGAGAUGAGAACAGAGGUGGAAUGUCACAAGCAGCAGCCAGACUAUCAGUGGAAUGCUCUCAACCAGCUUCCUCCACAUGUACAGCACAAGCCACAUGGUUUCUCCUCAGAAAGGAAGUUCAACCUGUAGAAUUACGUUAGCAGACAAGCACAGAGGGCUGAACUCUCAGCUGUAACCACUUUGCUUCUUCAGGACAUCUGUGAACGUUCUCCUUUGAGAUCUGCUCUCAGUUACCUUCUCGUGGCCCUCAUAGGGGAAAAGUAAGGACCACUGGGACACAGUAGAACUCUACAGAUAAAUCGAACUUCUCUCCUCAAAUGACACAGGACUGCUGAUUACACGCUCCUCCUCACAACUCUCCUCAUCUAAGCACUGAUGGGCUUGUGAAAGUGACUCCAGGAUUUGUAUGACUCCAGCUCUGGUGCUGUGAUAUUAUAGACUUAUUUAGAAUGAACAGAUCUUAAGCCAGGCACACUGGUGCAUCUUAUAAUUCCAUGGGAAGUUACUGCAGAAGGAUUGCAAUGAUUUCAAGACCAGCCUGGGUUGAAAUACAAACACCACAUAAGCCAAUUCUGCAUCUCAAAAAAUUAAUAAAACACCGUGUAGUCCCUGGAAGAAAACUUUUUUCCAUAAUGGCUAAGUUAAUUAUUCAGUGGUUUGACAGUUGGACUAGGUAAUAUGUUCAUUACUGUUGAACUUGAAACUACAUGAAUUUUAAUAGACAAUCAAAAGACUUAUAGACUCCCCUGACUAAAAGAGUGAGUCAAACUCAAUAAAAUGACAAACAUGAAACUA